AUGGAUAUAUUUGUGGUUGUCGACGACAAUGUAAAGAGACUGAAAAUAGCAAAGGGAAAAGGGAACGCGCGGAAGCCGUUUGAACGUCAAGGUUACAAGCUGUUUAAAAGGUGUAUCAUAUACAGGUAUCCAUCACUUGCGUCUUGUGAAUAUGCUGAUUCAGUUCAGGCAGAUACUUUGUUAACUUCAUCACAUAGCUGUGGCAGGCGGGUGGUGGUACAAAUCCGCGGCGGCGGCAACCGUGCCGUUCCUACCGGCGGGCGGCUUCAACGUCCCGUCCGCCUUCUCCUGCGUGCCGGUGGCAGCGGCACCGGCCCCGGCGGCAACGGUAUACGCGGGGCCUCUCCUCACGUCGUUGGACACCUUGUGGUCCGCCUCGGUGCCGGCAGCCGCCCCGUGCGCGGGGUAGCUGUUGCCGUUAUAAUAGUGGCCGCCGUUGCCGUUGUAGUGGUGGCCGCCGUUGCCGUUGUAGUGGUGGCCGCCGUUGCGCUGCGCGGGCGGAGGCGCGCCGUGCUUCGUCGCCGGGGAGUGAUAGUGGUCGUCGUCGGUGCGGGGCGUGCAGAGCCAGCAGUCGAUCGGGAGGCACAUUCUUGGAUGCGGCGGCGACCGGUGUUGGCCCUCGACCUCUCUACCCGGCUGCCUUGCUCCUUGUUGCUUGCUUGCUUGUAG